GCUUCAAACACAUUCUCGUGCUCAAAAGAGCACUUUAUUUUUCACCGAGUUAUUUUUUGUAUUGUUUCGAAGUGGCUUCGAAUAAUACACACAUAUUUCUGCUUUAAAUUUUUUAAUGGUUUCUAAAUUUAUGGGACAACCAAAGCAAGAAAGCCUCAUGUCUUGGGGGAAAUUUUGAGAGCAGCAAUGCCUAGAAAAGAGCCAAAGAUGUUUAUCUUGCUCUAUGUUACAAGUUUUGCCAUUUGUGCCAGUGGACAGCCUCGGGGUAAUCAGUUCAAAGGAGAGAACUACUCCCCAAGAUAUAUCUGUAGCAUCCCUGGCUUACCUGGACCUCCAGGACCCCCUGGAGCAAAUGGUUCCCCUGGGCCCCAUGGUCGGAUCGGCCUUCCAGGACGAGAUGGUAGAGACGGCAGGAAAGGAGAGAAAGGUGAAAAGGGGGCUGCAGGUUUGAGAGGUAAGACCGGACCACUGGGCCUUGCUGGAGAGAAGGGGGACCAAGGAGAGACUGGGAAGAAAGGACCCAUUGGACCAGAGGGAGAAAAAGGAGAAGUAGGUCCAAUUGGGCCUCCUGGAGCAAAGGGGGACAGAGGAGAGCAAGGGGAUCCAGGGCUGCCUGGAGUUUGUAGAUGUGGAAGCAUCGUGCUCAAAUCUGCCUUUUCUGUUGGCAUCACAACCAGCUACCCAGAAGAAAGGCUACCAAUUAUAUUUAACAAGGUCCUCUUCAAUGAGGGAGAACACUACAAUCCUGCAACAGGCAAGUUCAUCUGUGCCUUCCCAGGGAUCUAUUACUUUUCUUAUGAUAUCACAUUGGCAAAUAAGCAUCUGGCGAUCGGGCUGGUACACAACGGGCAGUACCGGAUAAAGACCUUCGACGCUAACACAGGGAACCAUGACGUGGCUUCGGGGUCCACGGUCAUCUAUCUGCAGCCAGAAGAUGAAGUGUGGCUGGAGAUCUUCUUCACCGACCAAAACGGCCUCUUCUCAGACCCAGGUUGGGCAGACAGCUUGUUCUCUGGAUUUCUCCUGUAUGUUGACACAGAUUAUCUAGAUGCCAUAUCGGAAGAUGACGAGCUGUGAUCAGGACUGCCAUCCUGAAUGUUCCAAGAUUCUUGUGGCAGACACUUUGACUUGAUCUGGGGCCCUGGAAGGUGGAGCAAGCAGCAAUGAGAUCCAAAGAAACUCCCACUCAGAUUCCAAAGCAUUUACAGAGAAUUCUAGCAUAAUCUAUUAAAACAAGAUGAACCACUAAAUGGUUGAAUCCACACCAAGAUGAAUUAUAUAAAACAAUAACCCCAGAUAACAAUCCUCUUGAAAAGUAAUGUUCAUAAAUAUUUAAACAAAUUAAAGACAAUGUUAACAAAUUUUCUGUUAAACUCCCUGAGUGAUAAAAUCAGCUGGCAAUGAUAUUGUCUCAUUAAAUCUUCAUAAAAUUA